GUGGCCGCAAACACUAAAUACCUUGUCCAAAACUUUAAAGAAUUGCCAGCUGGCACAACUGGCACAACUGGUUGCUUUGCAUUCAAAGAGGAGUUGCAUAGUUGCUCUAUUACUUGUCUUCUUUAUUUUCUUUUUUCCUUUUUUUUUUCUGCACGGCAGCGUAACAGAGUAUCGUUGCAUUGUGUCGCGCUGUUCUUUUUAUACAGCCAGCCGCUCUAUCCCCAGUCUACCAGCAUAUGCCGAGCGAAGCGAAGGCAGGGCAUUCGAACAUCAUUAUCGCCAGAAUAGAAGCAAGCCCCUGAGACACAGCGGACGCCCCUCGAUCGAUUGUCUAUACACGAUUUAUACACGCACACAUACCGACAAUAUACGCGGUUGAUACACAGAGGCCGUACAGCCUGUAUCUACACACAUAUACAAACAUACAUACAUAUCCGUGCAGGCGUACACAAGACACGCAAACGACAGACCGCACCGUUUCAUUUCGCUGUGUCUGACAACUGCGUAUCUAUUUCAUCUGUAUAUACGUACACAUAUACAUAGAGCAAGACGGGCCGAAACCUCCCAACAAAUACGUCUCCAUACCGACACAUAUAGGCACAUACACGUACCACACAUCCGCCACCAUGGACUUCUUCACAAAACGACAUAUCCAAGACCACUCCCUCGACAGCAAUGUCACACGCCACUGGGGCUAUGCGGAUCGCCAAGUCCCGUGCAAGAAUGACCCGGGCUCCUGCGCCUAUCUCGAUAUUGCCUACGAUGCCCACGACUCGAGCAUGCUCUAUGUCGGCAUCCUCUGGAGCACCAUCGGCGCCAUCCUGCUCAUCUGGUGGCUUGCACGCCUGGCUGCCCAGCCUACCGUCAUCCCGGCGCCGAGACAUGCACCUCCAUCAACUCUCCGUCGCAUCGCCAACACAGCUAGCGCGCUCAAGAACAAGAUCCUGCUGCCCGAUGCCAACCACUUCCUAUUUGGUCGUACCACACGCCUGCAAGUCGCCGUGCUGGCGAUUCUGACUGGCUAUGUCAUCAUCUGGUCCUUUGUCGGCAUCGUCUACGGCACAUGGAUCACACCAGUCAAGAACAUGCCCGGUGUAUUCAAUAUCCGCACGUCGCUGGGCCCGUGGUCCAACCGCAUCGGUGUCUUGGCGUAUGCCCUGACUCCCCUCUCCGUCCUUCUCAGCACCCGCGAAUCGCUGCUCACAGUUGUCACUGGCGUGCCAUACCAAAACUUCAACUUUUUGCACCGCUGGUUGGGAUACAUCAUCUUUGCUCAAGCGUCGCUACAUACUAUCGCCUGGUGCGUCGUCCAGCUGCGUCUUUACCAGCCACAGCCUAGCGUCUCGCUCGUCUGGAUCCAGCAAGGAUACAUUAUCUGGGGCAUUGUAGCCACCAUCUUGAUCCUCAUCAUGGUGAUCCUGUCCACACCAUGGGGCAUCCGUGCCACCGGCUACGAGUUCUUCCGCAAGGCCCAUUACGUACUGGCCAUGGUCUAUCUUGGCGCCUGCUGGGCACACUGGAACAAGCUGGAGUGCUUCAUUGUCCCCGCCUUUAUUGUCUGGGGCAUCGAUCGCGGCGCCAGACUCUUCCGAUCUACCCUUCUGCACUACCACCCAACCGCUGUCAAGCCAGGCUUCUCGCCUGCCCAGGCUCAGGUCUCUCUAUUUGAAGACAAUGAGGAUGGCGACGUCGUGCGUCUUGAUAUGGAAAAUCCCCAAGACGCUUGGUCCGUUGGUCAGCACUUUUACCUCACCUUUACCGACAGCAGCAUCUGGCAGUCACACCCUUUUACACCAUUCAGCGUCCCUGUCGUCAAGGAUGGUGUUGUAAAGCAUUCCUACAUCUUCCGUGCCAAGGGCGGUGAGACCAAAAAGGUCGCCCAACUAGCGCGCAAGAAGACAGAACAAUCACCUCCUUCUGCUGCUACCACUGGUGUCGUUCUUACCGGUCCUUACGGCGAGGAUCUCCUCUCCAAGAUCGAUGCGGACACAAACGUUGUUUGCGUUGCAGGUGGUACUGGUAUCACAUAUGUUCUACCGCUUCUUCUGCAGCUUGCUCGCCAGGCCCCCGUGGCAGACCGCAAGAUUGAGUUUGUCUGGGCCAUCCGUCAUGCUAGCAACCUCAACUGGGUCCGCGACGAGAUUGAAGUCUUGCGCCGAUUCCAGUCGACUCUUAACCUGACUAUUCACUUCUGCAUUACGCGGGACGCUAAGAUUGGGUCUCUGCAGGACAAGGCUGUCUCAUCCGGGUCUUCCUCAGAGGGAGAGUGCCCUUGCGAAAAGACUGCUGUCAAGACUACUGAGACGGAAGAGGACCUAAGCCUUGGCAGACCAGACCUUAACAAGAUCAUUGGCGACUUUGUGCAAAACACGAUUUCCGCACGAACGGUCGUCUUUGCAAGUGGCCCUGGCGGUAUGAUUACGGAUCUGCGCCGCGCUGUGGCAAACACCGUGGAACCAGCCAAGGUGUGGAGAGGCGAGCAGCGCUUCAGCGUUGACCUGGUCUGCGAUGACAGACUCGAGUGGUAAAUAUUGCAUUGGGCGAAAAUGAAAAUGUAUGUAUAGAUUGAAGCAUGGCGUGCAUGAUAUCCCGGCGUAAGAUUGUAAAGCCUCUGUAUAUAUAAUCUGCACGAUCCACAUAGCAUAUAAAAUGACUGAUAUAUCAUGACCCCCAAGUAUAGCCAAUAUUCAUCGUUCCGUGCUA